UGUCUGUGUGUAUUGUGUGUAUGCCCACAGGCCAGAAGAGGGCACCAGACCCCAUUACAGAUGGUUGUGAGCCACCAUGUGGUUGCUGGGAAUUGAACUCAGAACCUUUGGAAGAGCAGGCAGUGCUCUUAACCUCUGAGCCAUCUCUCCAGCCCCGCCCCUUCUAGGUCUUGAAUUAUGAAGGUUUUUAAGGGUGAAGCAGGAUAAAGAGAAACCGCAAAGCUUAGUGCAAUCCUCGUUUUCCACCUACAAGCCCUUCUGGGACCGCCCAGAGCUAGAACAGUGGAGUUAGACUGUGGUGCUCCGGUGCAAUCCUGGCACUUGGCGGCAGAGGCAGGAACAUCAAUCAGCUCAAGACUAUUCUCAGCUACAUAAUUGCCAAGUUCGACGCCAGCUUGGGCUACAUGAAGAUUCUGCUAUUUAAAUAAGUGGAGAGAGCAGUAUGCAGACAGAACCUCCUCAAAACUCAAAAAGACAUAUCUCGGACGCAGCCCACUCAGUACAAAUUUCCCAAGCCGAGCGCAGGGUGGGGAGGAAAUGCGCUUUACAAUGCAUGGCGGUUUGAUCCAGAGGCUGUGGGAGCGCCCAGGCUGGGUGCUGCUAGGCUGUUCCUCUAUCCCUCAACUUGAGGGCCUUGCCUUGGCUUGUCUUGGGUAUUUUUAUCUCCCUGGCCCUGCUCGAUCUGUAAACUAAAGGAAUAAGUUCGUGUCUUCUGAGGACCAUGUACUCGGAUAGCUACAGUUGGGACAGAUCCUUUGACCACCUGGUCUUUUUUUAUUUCUUAUGGCCCUUUUGGACCGGGUCUCCAUGUGCAGUCUAAGCUAACUUCAAAUCUCCCUGCCUCAGCCUUCUGAGUACUGGAAUUACAGGCACAAACCAUCACGAACAGCUCUAAAACGACCACUAAACAAAAAUCUAUGUUGGGCGUGGUGGGGCCGCCUGCAACCCCAGCAGACCUGGGACUGGGGUCUGGUUUGCACGCAAGGGAGGCUCUGUCUUCACUUUCCACUCCACAUGAACACCGGCAGCACUGAGGUUCGACCCACGCGGGUGGCUGCAGAGCCGCUGCCCUGACGACGACUAGGGUUCCAGGCUCCGCGCUAUGACGCGCCUCUCGCGGUCCCCGCCCUGAGGCCAGCACCCCACGAAGGCGGGACCUGGGCGGGGCCAGCAGCCGCGGGAACCCCGAGCCCGCCUCCUCCGCAAGCUCCUAGGCGCUCGCCAUGGCCCCGGCGCUGCUGCUGGUCCCGGCGGCCCUCGCCUCCUUCAUCCUGGCCUUUGGCACCGGAGUGGAGUUCGUGCGCUUCACCUCCCUGCGGCCGCUGCUUGGAGGGAUCCCGGAGUCCGGUGGUCCGGAUGCCCGCUAUGGGUGGUUGGCUGCUUUGCAGGACCGAAGUGUUCUUACCUCCCUGGCUUGGGAUCUUGGGCUUCUGCUAUUGUUUGUGGUGCAACAUAGCCUCAUGGCAACUGAGACAGUGAAGGCGUGGACAUCCCGGUACUUUGGAGUCCUUCAGAGGUCACUGUACGUGGCCUGCACUGCGCUGGCCUUGCAGCUGGUGAUGCGGUACUGGGAGACUGUACCCAGGGGCCCAGUGUUGUGGGAGGCUCGAGCUGAACCUUGGGCCACCUGGGUGCCCCUCCUCUGCUUUGUGCUCCACGUCAUUUCCUGGCUCCUCAUCUUCAGCAUCCUUCUGGUCUUUGACUACGCUGAACUCAUGGGCCUCAAACAGGUAUAUUACCACGUACUAGGACUGGGUGAGCCGCUGGCUCUGAAGUCUCCUCGGGCUCUGAGGCUCUUUUCCCACCUUCGACACCCAGUAUGUGUGGAACUUCUAACGGUGCUGUGGGUGGUUCCCACCCUGGGCACUGACCGCCUCCUCCUGGCUCUUCUCCUUACCCUCUACCUUGGCUUGGCUCACGGGCUUGACCAGCAAGAUCUCCGCUACCUUCGGUCUCAGUUACAAAGAAAACUCCAGCUUCUCUCCAGACCCCAGGACGGGGAAGCAGAGUGAGGAGCUAGCUCCAUUUCUAGGGCCUGUUCUUCCUCAAAAAUCAAAAAUCCCUUAGCUUCCAGACCGUUUGAUACAGACCAGAAGCUGGAAACCAUGUGCUGAAGGGGCUGACUGUCACUUCCCUGCUUGAGACCUCAGUUCCAGGGUCCAGAUCCCCUACUCUAAAUUUAGAGUUUCAGUCACUGGCCUCCAGGGUCCAUUUCUCACCAACCAAGAGUGGGUACAAAGUCAUGUCAUCUUUUGGGGUUAACACAAGGCCUUGAGCACUCCCUCCUCUGGUACUUUAUUGGUUCUGCACCUCAGGGAUCCCCUUCCUAGUUUCCACUUCAAGAGCUAUGCCAGGGCCAGCCAGCAAGUUUGCAGGUAGUGUAUAUCUCUUCCCCUACCUGCAAGGAGUACCUGCGUCUUCCCCACUCCUGCCAUCAUUUCUCCACCUCCUUAUGGGUCCUGCCCUACAGAUCCUAGGUGUCUCCUUUUACUCGGUCUCCUACCGCGGUGUCUCCCGUUUUUAACUCGGGCUGACUCAGGGCUCCCUGCUCUCUCAAAGGAUAUGCGCUGCAGAAAAA